AUCCCUUCAGUCUGCUCUGUGUCGUGAGAACGACUUCCACCUUAUUAGGUACAAAAUUAUUUAUGUCACAACUGAAAGUAAAACAGGACGGAGGAGGGGGUGGAGCAUUUGCUGGUGUCACUGGUGCGAACCUUGUCCUGGCUUCUGUGCCGUGUCGGCUUCUGCUCUGCACCCCGAGACUUGCCCCAAAAUGUAGUUUUCUGACCCAGAUGCUGUGCUUCUCUUCUGAGUAAUGGUCCAGCAGGCAGAAUGCUGGGGAUGGCACAAAACUCUGCUGGAGCACUGAGCAGGCUGCCGAGCCAGAAAACACACCUGAAAAGUAUUUGUCUGCAGUAUCUGCUUCUGAACAGCCACUGCUUUUGCCUUUUAAAGAAUGGAAUGGGACUAAUCAUCUUCUUCCUAUGUGCUUAUGUUCCAAAGACAGAAGCAGGACGCUGCAAGUGGGAAGAAGUUCUGCAGGAUUUGCAAGCCAUCAAGACAUCCAAAGACAUUGAUGUGAGUUUAUACACUGCCAGUGCAGAUGAGGAUGAAGAAUGCCAGGAACUUGUAAUGAGGUGCUUUUUCUUAGAGACAGAAGUGAUAUUUCAAGAAUGUCGUAUCAAAAAUUGUAGUAAAACACAGGAUGUGUGGAACAUUUGGAAAAAUGGGAAUGACAGCUUUGAAAAAAAUAAGUUGGCUUCCACAAAAUCAGAAAAAUGCAAAGAAUGUGAAGAAUAUGAAGAAAAAAAUUUUACAGAAUUUGUACAAAAUUUUGAAAAGGUUAUACAAAGGGAUUGCAAACACUGGUCAAAAAGACAUAAACUGGUAAAGAAUAUUCUUACAUGAACACCCUCAGAGAAAUUAGAUUAUCACCAAAAAUAAACCAGAAAAAAAUUAUAAUCCUCUUGGCUAUCUCUUAAUAUAUCUGUUUCUGUUGUGGUUUUCAGGUAAGCUCAAUUACUUCUUCUGUCCAAGAACUCAAAGUCAAAAUUAGAAUAUUUAUGUGAAGACUCUUCUUUGCCCUUUUGUACAAUGCUAACAUAAGGGCAUUAAAAAUUAUCUCCAGUUUUCUCACUGGAAUAAAUAUCACAAAAAAUAAAUAAAUAAUUUGCCACCAUAAAACAUCAAAACCAGAAGUGUUUAUUACAUAGUUUGCAUGAAAUAAAAUGGUUCCUAAAUUUUAAAUUUUUCCUUAAUUCAGUGGUGUGCACUGAAUAUGAUUUUUCCUUACCUGAUGUCAUGUGCACAGGAUAGGUAACACCAAGUUACAACUCUGGACUUUAGUCAAAGACAUAAAGGGACUUUCCUUAUUUCUGGCUUUGAGAGGGAAGCAGUACACUGAUGAUGGGGGAACCAAAGAACUGCUUUGCUCAGAAUUUUCUUUAUCUUCACUACUUUGAAAAUCAAUUUCUUGAUUUAAUAUUGUUUUUCAUUAACUCAUUUACCCGUGGCAAGUAUGAUAAAUACUGUGAAUUUGUCUUUCCAAAGAAUAUCGCUAAAUCUGUGACCACUCAGCUUGUCACUCUGUCAGCCACUGGCCAUAUCCCUUUUAUUUCAUUUGACUUCCACCUGGCCCAGGUGUAUCUUCUGGGAUUAAAAGAGGCCUUUUGCUAAUCUGGAUCUCCAGCAUUUCUGUUAGGGUUUACUUUUCACUGAGAGCUAAGCAGCCAUCUGAAAGCUUUACUACAUCCUGAAUCCAAUUGUUAUAAUAAAUGAUCUGGCUGGUAUAAAGGAUGGACUAAAUUAA